AUGGUGGAUACGGAUUUUAACGAAUUAUCCAUACACCGAGUCACGGAAACAGAUUUCGAUGAUGUUAAAAAAUUUUUGCUAGCCGAUUUCUUAUACAAUGAACCUCUGAAUAGGUCAGUCAAUCUAAAUGCUGAAGAUUCGGAUGAGCUGUUUAGUGACCUGACAAAUCGUGGGAUUGCCUCUUCAUUAUCAUACGUUCUACGAGCACCCGAUGGCGAGAUUGCUGCACUUAGGUUAGCUACAAUACUGGAUCGACCGGAAGAAGAGCAUCAGAGUCAGCACGGUGAAGUGCCAAUAAAUGCAGCGAGUGAUAAUAAUAAUAUGACAGUAACGAAAGCAAAGGUGUAUUGUCCGAGAGCGCAAAUUAUUGAGGAUAUUCUUAUGGAACUGGAAAGCAAGAUAUGGUUUCUCAUUAAUCCUCGAUUAAAUCGCCUGCUGCUCUGGUCUAUAAUUUCAGUACACAAAAACUACACUAGACGUGGAUUUGCUUUAAAAAUGCUUUGUUAUAAGUUGGAUGAGGCUAUACAAAUGGGUUGUCAGGGUUGUAUUGCAGAAGCAUCCUCAUUUAAAUCACAACUGCUAUUCAAAAAAAUUGGAUACGAGAAAAUUUACGAGGUGAAGCACAGUAAUUGGCUUGAUGACAGAGGACAACAGAUCUUCAAAUGUGAUGACAGUACGGAUUCCGUGCAGCUUUUUUUCAAACCAUUGCAAUAA